AUGAAGUGCAAGAGUGCAUUUAGUGAACUCUAUAUUGGUUAUUUUUCAGGUGAUAAGCCAUUUAAGUGCGAAGUUUGCAGCCGAGCGUUCACAACACGUGGUAACUUAAAGGUGCACAUGGGUACACAUAUGUGGCAACAAAGUCCAUCCAGGCGCGGUCGACGCAUCUUCGAGUUUGGCCCCUCCGAUGAUAUGCUACGCGCUGAGAUGCUACCAUCUGUUGGAUUAGGUGCUGUGUCUGAAGGGGCUCUUCGUGCACCAUACGAUCCAUCAGUUCUUGCAAUCCGCCCAACCACCUUCACGUCUGAGUCCUUUUCUUCGCGCUCGGGUACCACAAUUCCCUCUACAGCAGCGGCACCUUCAGCACCAGCGCCACAGCCCCCGCUACCUUCGUUCCCUGUACUCCCAUUUCCACUUCCGUUACUGCCGCAAGUGAAUUCCGGUGGUUGUACGCAAAAUCAAAUGGACGCUGUGAUGUGGAUGUGGAAAACAGUUUGUUCGGUAUGCCAGAAAAUAUGCGCAAGUCCUCAAGAGCUGGAACACCACCUGAAGCAGCACCUGAACGGUAGCACUUCUGCUGAUGGCCGCGCAUCUAUUCCGAAAACCACCGCCAUGCUGUUACAAAAAACCGAGUGA